AACUGGCUCCCACUGCACACUACACACUAGCCCAUUAAACAUGUAUUUCUUAUCUAGGCUUGACCGUUUUAAAUACUACCGAGAAGGUGUCAGUCUGAAGGAGGGCGGGUUCGUUAUAUGUGAGGUUUGUGAGGUUUAGUGAAUGGUCUUUCCAAGAAGCGCGCUAGAAGCGAUGCCACCGGUUUGUCUCCGACUAGAACUUGUUUGGGGGUUUGUAGAAUAGACUGUAUAAAACAGGUUUGUAGUCAAUUUUAUUUGAUCGCUGAGCAAAUCAAUCAGCAGCAGAGGUGAAGACGAAGACGCCGGGGUGCUUUCUGCUAUCCAGUUCGGAGCAGACUACAGCUUCUGCCCCUGCAGUUCACACCAAUCCCAGCAGCCACAUGAGAAACCAUGUGCGGAGAGAGAGAGAGGACUUGUCGUGAUACAGAGGAUAAAAAGAAUGCAAAAAAACAACAACAAAUGCAUCUCGUGCGUAGAUGCUCAUAGUAGAUCUCCAAGAUGUGUGAGGUGGACGUUUCGUCUGAGCCCACCAGCCCGACGCUGUAUACAGAGUCUUCUGAUACAUACUGCCAUGUGGACCGCUGGCAGAGGCUACGCACAGCCGUCCGCAAGCUAGAAUUCUGGGAGAAUUUCACACAUGAGCUGAUUGGCAGUGGCUUCUUCUCAAAAGUUUACAAGGUAAUCCACAAUACAACACGGAAGGUGAUGGUAGUAAAGAUCUAUAAGAAUGAUGUUGAUCAGGACAGCAUUGUACGAGAAAUCAGCCUUCUGCAGAAACUCUCACACCCCAACAUAGUGAGGUAUCUGGGUAUUUGUGUCAAAGAGGACAAAUUGUACCCAAUUCUGGAGUAUGUUAGUGGAGGAUGUUUAGAGGAGCUGUUGGCCAGGAAGGAUGUGCCUCUAUGCUGGAGGGAGAAAGUAGACCUGGCCUCUGACAUCACCAGAGGGAUGAUUUACCUCCACUACAAGAACAUCUACCACAGAGAUCUGAACUCUAAGAACUGUCUAAUAAGGGUGACAGCGAGAGGCAGAGAAGCUCUGGUCACUGAUUUUGGUUUGGCUCGAGAGGUGGUUGAACUUCCUGCAAAGGACAGAAAGCUUUCACUUGUGGGCUCUGCUUUCUGGAUGGCCCCUGAGAUGCUGCGCGGAGAGCCAUAUGACCGCAAGGUGGAUGUGUUCUCUUUUGGAAUUGUUUUGUGUGAAAUUCUGGCUAGGGUCCCAGCAGACCCAGAAAUCCUUCCAAGAACACAGGACUAUGGCCUGGAUGUGUCAGCAUUCAGGAAAAUGGUCAGUGAGUGUCCUCAGCGUCUUUUGGAGCUGGCAGCCAGCUGCUGUCUGAUAGAGGCUUUCCGAAGACCCUCUUUCACAGAGCUUCAAGACGAGCUGGAUGAAAUUGCUGAGACUUUGGAGUGUCUUCACAAUGAUCUCACCACAGGUUGAUCUGCGGCACAUCCUCUGGUAUCCCAUCAGCCCUGCAAAUGGGGCCAACACUAUGUUGCUGUCUGGGAAAUAACCAAAUAAUAUUUUCAUAGGUUUCAGUAUAUCAACACUUGAUAAAUUAAAUUGUACAAGAGAAAGUAAUUUAUUUUGGUACCAGCUGCCCAAAUAGGAAAAAGUGCAUUUGUAUUGCUGACUUUUUUGAAAAACGACCUAUUUGAAAAUCGAAGAGAGUACUUUUCUUAAUUUGAAAAGCAAUUGAUACAUAAGCAAGCACUCAUCACUUGUGGUUUUGCCUCCACUCUGAACUGAGCUGCUGAUUUUUGGAAAUUCUCCAGAAGACUCAGCAGCUACCACAGGAUGAGACCAUUUCCUGCAUUUAAGGGCCUUUGUGUUGCCACUGCAGUGUUAUAGUGCUCUCAUUGUGCCAAGUGUUUGUGAAACCUUAUUUUUCUCUUCUACAACAUCAAAACAAAACAAAGAUUUCAUGUUUUAACAUUUUUACUUCAUUUUACUUUACAUGUUUGCCAUGUGUUGUGAAUUACUCACAUAUGUAUCCGAAGCGUGAGCUGGCACUGACUCCAAUAAACAGUGACACCAAACAAUUUCUCUGGACACAUUAUGGCCAUAACAGCUGAAAAAGAAAUUUGAGAUUAAAUAUUUUCAAGAUCAUCCAGCUGUAGUAUUAUUUACAAAAUCAGAAAUCGAACACUCAGUAAUUCAUAAUCCAAUUUCAAAUGCAUAACUUGGCACUGUUGAUUUGUACGUGUUCAUUUUUUUCUUGGUAUUUGUGUUUUUAAUAUUUAUAUAUAUAAGUACUGCUUGGCUGUUAUUUAAGUUUUUAAUCAUUAUAUAUUUGAUGCCUGUGUAUUUCCUUCUGAACAUCAUUCAAGUUAACUCUACAUUCUACAUAAAAAUGUACAUUCUGUGCCUCAAAGCAGAAGCUUGCGAAUCUUGAGAAGUGUCACGCUAACCUCAUAUUUCUGCAACAGGUCGGAUGUCUGUUAAUCUUUCUGUGGUUUGUAGUGUUUUUGUAAUACAGCACAUGAUAUAAAAAGAGGAAAAGAAGCAUAUGUGAAUGGUGUAUUUUUUUUUUUUUUAAAUAAAGCCAAUGAAAAUCCUCUA